AUGAAUAUAAUAGAUACUGAAAUACCAAGUGAUAGUGAAUCAGUCGAUGGACUUGUUGAAUCUGAGAAUGAAAAUGUUGAAUCGGAUAAUUUAAUGGAUAAUACAACCCCACCUGAUACGAAUAUUGAUGAAGUGACAGACAGUGAUAGUGAUAGUGAAGGCGACAGAUUACUUGAUAAAAAUGGUGACAGUUGGAGACGUCGUGGAUGCUUAGAAACUAAAGUUCCAUUUACGAAAAUUAGUGGACCAAAUAUACCCGAUUUAGCAAAAACACCAUUGGAUAUAUUCUUUUGCCUCCUCCCAACGGAAUUCGUAGAUUUACUUGUUCAUCAAACAAAUCUUUAUGUAAAUCAAAAAGAUAAUUCAUCAAAAAAGACUAAAAAAGCGAAGAGUGAACCUGUAACAAGGGAAGAAAUACUUACUUUUCUAGGUAUAAAUAUUUUGAUGGGUGUAAAGAAGCUUCCUUCUUACCGAGAUUACUGGUCUUUGAAUUAUCAACUGAGAGACACAUAUAUAUCUUCAGCAAUGAGUGUGAACAGGUUUGGGUUUCUUUUAACACAUUUACAUUUAAAUGAUAACAGUAAAGAACCUAAAAGAGGUCAUGCAGCAUAUGAUAAGUUGUACAAAAUAAGACCACUUGUAGAAAUCUUAUCGAAAACUUUUCAAGAUUGUUGGCAACCUAGUGAAAAUCAAUCGGUUGAUGAAAGUAUGGUAAAAUUCAAAGGACGCAGUUCGAUGAAGCAAUAUUUACCUAAUAAACCAAUCAAACGAGGUUACAAAAUAUGGGUUCGAUCUGAUCAAAGUGCUUUUGUAUGCCAAUUUCAAAUAUAUACAGGGAAGGAGAAAAACUCUAAAAAAGAAGAUAAUCUGGGCAAUAGAGUGGUAACGGAUUUGACCAGAACUCUUGUUGGUAAUUACCAUCGUGUGUAUUUUGAUAACUUUUUUACUGGAAAAGAAUUAAUGAUUUCAUUAAAAAAAGACAAAAUUCUAGCCUGUGGAACAGUUAGAUCAAAUCGCAAAGGUUUACCAAAAGAUUAUCAGCCAGACAACAAAAUGAAAACAGGUGACAGCGAGUUUCGCUCAAGCUCAAGUGGCAUAGGAUGGGUGAAAUGGAAAGACAACAGAGCUGUCUAUGCUUUAUCUAACUUUCACGAUCCCUCGAAAGUCUCAGAUGUCAAUCGGAAAAACAAAGAUGGCAGUAUAAACGUUAUAUCAUGUCCUAAUAUGAUAAAAGAUUACAAUCAGCAUAUGGGUUACGUAGACAAGUCGGAUAUGCUGAAAUCACUGUACGAAAUCGACAGAAAGUCCAAAAAAUGGUGGCACAGGAUAUUGGAUAUUGGACACCACCUACCAAACAGGGCAGAAAACCUCUUCCUAAAAAUUUCACGGGUCAUAAAAUGCAGAUUCCUGACGACAUGCGAUUUUCUGCAGGACCACAUUUGCCAAAAGCUUUACCUGAUAAAAGCCGUCGAAGAUGUACACUUUGUAGCAGCAAAGAAAACCAAAACGAACAUCAUGGAUUUGCUCUACAUGCGAUGUGCCUUUGUGUCUCAACUUAGAGAGAAACUGCUUCUCUUUGUUCCACACUAA